UACAGCCAGAGACAGCCUGCCGGGUCUUUGUACCCCGAUAUGCUCCCUUCCGUGGUAUUGGGACUCCCCCCGAGGUGUGUUGCACAGCUGACUCUACCCCUUGCUGUACAUGCAGCAGUCACCGAUGGGUUAACAUGCUUACGGCACACAUGGCGUCGGGCUGCAGCCCGCUGGAGUCGGCCAUUGAAGUUCUGGUGCGUAAUUUCUACAUCUACGCCGAGAAGAAGGGCAAACACGACAAAAUGAACAAGAAGGAGUUCCGCAAGAUGGUGACGCAGGAGCUGCAGCACGUCCUCACGAACACACAGAACAAAGAAGCCGCGAACAAGCUCAUCCAAUCACUGGACACCGACGAGGACGGGAAGAUAAGCUUUGAUGAAUACUGGACUCUGAUUGGUGAGAUCGCCAGGAAGCUGAGCCAGCAGAUGGCAAUGCAGUGUCAGGAACGGCCCUAGGCCUGGGGGCCCCCAUUCCUGCUAUACAUUAUGGGGUCUCCUGGACGAUCAGAGACAUUUCCGGAGGCAGUGUACCCACGCAGUAACGGGUUACAUUUCACCUCCCUGAAUCCUUUGCCUCUGUUGGUAACGCAGGUUUUGUCCGGGGAGUGAAGCGGAGCCGUGGAACAAGCCCCCCCCCGUUAGAGGUCGCUGGCCGGUAGGUGGCCGGUGUUGUUAUCACUGUAAUAGUGUGUGUGACUGUGAUACAAUGUACUCACCGCACACUCACAAUCAUUAUUCCUGUCUGUUGUGAUACGUUGUAACUGUGAACAGUAAAGUGUGCGUAUUGUGA